AUGAGCAGCGAUGAGGGUCGGCGGCGCGCAGUGCCCAUCGCGUCUCCGGCGGCUAUUCCAAAGCCGCCGCCAUUACCAGUUCCGAAACCUCUGCAGCGCGCCAGGGAAGCAGCAUACAGGUUCAUCGGCUAUCCUGCAUCGCGUCCAAGUACGCCAGACGAUGAGCUGAUUAAUGACCGUGCUGCUCGAGCUGGACUUCCGAGCAGAUCUGCGACCCUCAGCGCCACCCAGAAUGCGAGUGCCAUCCAUAAAACUGGCUUAGAAAUCAAUACCAUUGCUAUCAAUGAACCGGGAACGCAUGCCUUGGUUGGUGGGAGGGAGAUCUUCAAAACCAUCAAGGUCGAUCAUGGUACCUGCGCUGAGGACCUUAACCUGCGAAGUGUCAUCCGUAGCACACCAACAUCGGCCUCUGGUAAGCCUCGACAGGUGUACUCCGUUGACAUUGCGGAUGUCGCUUGGGCAAAAGGCGAUUUCAGCUCGUAUGUUGCGGCAGCUACGUCCAGUGGUAAGAUCAUAUUAUACGACGUAGGUCACGCUGCGCUGCAUGCAGUACAACUCCAUGAGCAUGUUCGGCAAGUGCACAAGGUGACCUUCAACCCUCAUCGUGGAAACUUGCUGCUUUCUGGUAGCCAGGAUGGCACUGUUCGAUUGUGGGAUGUCCGUACGAUGCGUAGCGAAGCUAGUAGCUUGCAAUCAAAGCACAAAUACUCUGGGCAAAGCGACGGCGUGCGUGAUGUCAAGUGGUCUCCUACAGACGGCGUGGAUUUCGCCUUCGGUACAGACAGUGGAUGGGUGCAGCGAUGGGACAUACGCAAUUUGAAAGCUGCAAAGCUCAAGAUCGCAGCACAUACCUUGUCUUGCAACGUCAUUGACUGGCACCCUGAUGGCAAACACAUCGCAAGUGCCAGCACGGACAAGACAGUCCGCAUCUGGAAUUUCGAAGCCAGUAAGAAGGGUCGAGCAGAUUGGGAGAUCAAAACACCUUAUCCAGUCAUGAAUGCGCGGUGGCGAUCCUCAUGCGAGUCUUCUAUGCUAUCGGAUGAUGGUGCUCGGCAGUGCAUACAACUCGCUACUGGAUAUGACUCGGAGCACGCAGUAGUCCACGUCUGGGACCUUCGCCGGCCAGCUUUGCCUUUUCGAGAGAUGGUUCCGUAUGUGUCAGCCCCAACAGACCUACUCUGGCACUCCCAGGAUCUCUUAUGGACAGUUGGCCGAGAAGGUACUUUUAUACAAUCAGAUAUUCAGCAUGCUCCGAAGGUCAUCGAUAGGCGGAAUCUUCAAUGCUUUGCUGUGUCACCACUGGGAGAUGUCAAUCCGAUUACUACCAGGCGUACCCAGCGCCGCACUCCUAAGCCCCGUGAUGCAGCAGAAGUUUCGUCAUCGCCAGACGAAUGGACGAAAGAUCACGCGACAUUCGUUAGUCGCAGCUGGGAUGAUGACGGUCUCGAUCACAUCUUCCUGAGCAUACGACCAGUAAAAGCUGCCCAGUAUCCAGCUAAUCUAGUGAGAACGACCUCCGCUACGAGCAAUGAUUUGUCGAACACGCUAGCACUGGACCAAAUACUGCACAAUCGGAAGUCAUUCAGUCCGCCACAGCAAGCAGUCAGAGGUGCUGUACCGUAUCACAUCGAUCGGAAUGUUAUCCGAUUUCUGGCGAUCAAUUGUGUGAAGGAAAUCGACCUGUUCGGUAAAACUUCUGAUGCGUUCUUCGAAAAUGUACAAGCUGCUUUUGAUCGAAAUGUGGAACUAGCCAAGCAGGCAGGCAUGAAGAGAGAUGCAGUGACAUGGCGGCUGGCACGAGAGGCGACGCUCAGCCAUCUCAAAGUUCGACUCGCUGCUCACCAGAGGGGUAAAGAUGUGACCAGUCCAUUCAUAUUUGAAAAGUGGCUGGCAGCUGACAUAGAAGCUGGUCAGCCGUUCGAGCUUGUGCAGAUGCUGAAACAGAUGACCCAGGAGGCCACCAGCCAUGGGAGCAUUCAUCUUAUUGCACCGCUCUUGCUCUUGAUCUCGCCACUUCUGCCGUCGAUUCACCCGCUCCCAGACCACGAACAGAAAGCCACUAUGUCGAUCUACAGCGAAGCACUGGACAAGGCUGGUUUCGAGCCGAAGGAGAUCGGUCGCAUCCUGAACGAGGACAUCAAGCAUACCAUGACGACAGGCUUACAACCACUGCAAAUCGAGACAAUCUUGGCCUUGUACCACGGACAGCUGUUGGAGCAUCGUCUUUUCGCCGAAGCAGCUGAGAUACGUCAGAUGGCUUAUCCGGCUUACCCUAGUGUAUACGACAGCCAUCUAAACGACAAUGCAGUUCAUAAGGUGGGUCGAGCAAGGUGCGAGUAG